AUGAACUUCACUACUCGUGUGCACGAUGCACAACUAGAAGCUCUAAAGUCGGAGAACAUUCAAGCAGAAUCCUUGCGAGGAUUAGAGAAACUACUAGAAAAGAUCAAAGAUGGCACAAGGAGACGUAAACCACUAUCCUUCGAGGUUGGAGAUAAAGUCUUACUAAAAGUCUCGCCUUGGAAAGCCGUAGCUAGAUUCGGGAAACGCGGAAAGCUGAACCCGAGAUACAUUGGGCCAUUAGAGAUUCUAGAAAAGAUCGGUACCGUCGCGUACAAGUUGAAACUGCCAGAAGAACUCAGUAACGUACACGACACAUUUCAUGUGUCGAAUCUCAAGAAAAGUCCGACCGUUGAUACAGUUAUCAUUCCAGCGGAUGGAAUUCAUGUAGACAAUACGCUCCAGUUUACCGAAGAACCCGUUGGGGUUAUGGACCGGAAGGUCCACAAGACAAGGAGAAGUAAUAUCGAACUAGUCAAGGUCCGCUGGAAUUCACGUCACGGGCCCGAGUACACAUGGGAACGUGAAGAUCAGAUUUAG